CCACUACUGCUUCUCUUUCAGAUGAUCACCUUUUUAUGUUUGUAAAGCCCAAUAUUUCAUAGAAAAUGGAAUCAAGCAUUUUAGUGAGGACAUCCAGCGACUGCAGCGAGAUCUUGUCGCUCGCGAUGCACAAGUCUCCGAACUUCAGCGACGGAUCUCUGCAUAUGAGCGACGGGGUGGGGACUCUCCUAUUGUCGGCGUAGACGGUCGUCUUCGCGACAAGGACGAGUCACCCUUGGAAGUACAGUGCCCAGAGAAGCCCAACAACAACUCAGCAGUCAGGUAUAGGAAAAUGAACAAAAGCAGACGCACCGAUAUUCGCUUCCACAGUAACCCCGUAAUCCCAAUGUUAGAGGGAGUCCCUGAGUACCUUCUUGAGGACGUCCGUCGCUCCCUUGCAGUACCCGUUAGCGAAAGGCGAAAAUUCUUUGAAACUAUUGCCGAAUAUAGUACCCCGUUUUGA